UCGCCCAUUUUGAUCACGUGGUCUCAAGACGGUGAUGACGAUAGGCGCGAUUCGGUCUGGCCAGCUAGCUGUAUGAUCCCAUCAUACAUCACCUGUUGUUUCGCUCGCGGAGAGCCUGAUUGUCCAUCAAGAUGGCAGGAGACAAGUCUCAGCUGCUCGAAAUGGGGUUCGAAGAGGCUCGUGUGAAUUGGGCUCUUCGAGCGACGAAGAACGCAGGGUUACAGCCUGCGAUGGAUCAUAUCCUCGCCAAUAUGGACAAUGACGUUCCGGAAGCCGGGGGCCCAGAGGGGGAGGAAGAUGGUCUAUCUGGGUCCGGCGAGGACUUGGUCGCGAGGUCAAUCAAAUGCAGUGAUUGCGGCAAGAUCUUUCGAUCACAAAACUCUGCAAGUCUACACGCAGAGAAAUCAGGUCACGAGAACUUUGAAGAGUCCACCGAGGAGGUAUGUGUUCUACAUAGUAGCGCCCACGACGGAAGUCUCUCUGCUGAUUAUGCUGCCUUUCCCGACGCUGUACAGAUCAAACCACUCACGGACGAAGAGAAGAAGGCAAAGAUUGAAGAAUUGCGUGCUAAAUUGGCUGAGAAACGCGCGACUCAAUCGAAAGAAGAUGCAAAAGAGGCCAAAGCAAAUGAGAAAAUCAGACGCAAGGCUGGACAGGACUUUGGCAAGAUCAAGGAAGAUCUCGAAGUCAAGGAGAUUGCCAAGGACGUAGAAAGGCGCAAAGCGGAAAAACUAGCAGACCAGAAGGCAAGAGCGGCGAUCAAAGCUCAAAUAGAGGCGGACAAGAAGGAACGAGCAGAAAAGGCAGCCAGGGAGAAAGCUGCACGCGCUGGUCAAAGCAGUACAGACAGCCCAGCUGUACAACAGCCAUUGGCAAAACCUAGUGCGGCGGUCAAGAGCUCAGAUAACCCAGACACGAGGCUACAAAUUCGCCUCAGUGUCGGAGGACAACCGUUGACAAAGACGUUCCCAAGCGAUAAUACUCUCAUCGAUGUGGCUGAAUUUGUUGCCUCUGAGAACCUGGCCUACGACGUAUCGACCGUGACGUUUGCAUCGACAUUCCCACGGAAAACGUAUUCACGGGACGAGAUGAGCAAGACGUUGAAGGAGAAUGGUCUGACACCGUCUGCCGUGUUGAUGGCAAGUUAGUUAGUGUCGACCCAAGCGACCAAGGAAUUUCAGGCGCAAUUCACACCACAUUGUAUGCAUAUCAGUCGAGUCA